AUGUCAUGUUGCUUAAUCUUGAUAUUUUCUAUGCUCAUUAUUGUUCUUUUCAUUUUCUCUUACAAAGUCCACAAAAUCAAGUCCAGAUUAAAAAUGGAGGCUAAAGAUUUCAAGGCUUCUUUUAUGCAAAAAUCUCUGUUCACCUCUGAAGUUAAAAAUGAAUCAAGGCCUAUUUAACAGCAAUUUAGCAGAGCUUAAAGCGAUGUCGAUGUGAACAAUAUAAAUAAAGAAAUAUUCAGGCAAAGAUCCACAUUUGCAUAAUCUAUUCACAAUCUAAGAAAAGACAGUAAUAAGAAGAUAUUAGAUCAAAAUUAUAUGCAGGAAAGAUCUCUAACCAUAAAAAGACAGCAAUCUAACCUGAAUGAUAUGGCAAGCACAGAUUCAAACAAUCAAGCUAUAAGCAAGUCAGGUAAUAGCUAAACUACUACUUAGAAUCAAAUUGGAAUAAACAAAACUCUUAAUUCACAGUCUAAUUAAAGCACCAUAAACAACAGCCAUUUACCUCAAUAAUGA